UAACAGAAAUAUCUGCAGAGAUGGCCGACUCACAGGACGACAAGCUGUACAAAGCCGAAUAUGCAAAAAGCGGACGCGCCUCAUGCAAGAAAUGCAAAGACAACAUUGCUAAGGACUCGCUGAGGAUGGCCAUCAUGGUGCAGUCUCCCAUGUUUGAUGGCAAAGUCCCUCACUGGCACCAUUUUUCUUGCUUUUGGCUCCGGGCCGCAGUUCAGUCUCCUUCUGAUAUAUCUGGAUUUACUGACCUCCGCUGGGAUGACCAAGAGAAAGUGAAGACAGCCAUUGAGAGUGGAGGUGCUACAGGAGGGAAAGGAGGACAGAAGGGAGCGGCUAAAGGAGAGAAGACGCUGAAUGACUUUGCAGUGGAGUAUGCUAAAUCCAACAGAAGCACCUGCAAGGGCUGCGAUCAGAAAAUUGAAAAGGACCAGAUCCGUGUGUCGAAGAAGACUGUGGACCCAGAGAAACCUCAGCUUGGUCUAAUCGAUCGCUGGUACCACACCGGCUGCUUUGUGAGUCGUCGGGAGGAACUGAUAUUUAAACCAGAGUACAGCGCUGCCCAGCUCAAAGGAUUCGCAGUUCUACGAGAUGAAGACAAAGAGGAGCUGAAGAAACGGCUUCCUGCUGUGAAGAGCGAAGGAAAGAGAAAAGCUGAUGAAGUAGAUGGAGGAGUCUCUAAAAAACAGAAGAAAGAAGAUGAAAAACUAGAGCAGAAUCUGAAGGAUCAAAGCCAGCUGAUCUGGGGAAUUAAGGACAAGCUGAAGAAGUUCUGCUCCAUCAAUGACAUGAAGGAACUGCUAAUUGCUAACAGUCAGGAAGUUCCUUCUGGGGAGUCAAAUAUUGUGGAUCGACUAUCAGACUGCAUGGCAUUUGGGUCCCUGAAGCCUUGUGAGACUUGCAAAGGGCAGCUUGUGUUUAAAAGUGAUGCGUAUUACUGUACUGGAGACAUCUCUGCGUGGACUAAAUGUGUAUUCAAGACUCAGACGCCUGAUCGCAAAGACUGGGUCACCCCUAAGGAGUUCAGUGAGAUCCCGUUCCUGAAGAAGUUUAAGUUCAAGCGACAGGACCGUGUGUUUCCUAAAGACGCUCCUCCCGCUGCUGCCACUCCAUCAUCUGGUUCUACCACUUCAGCUGCCACAAGUGUGUCCAGCGCCAGUAAAAACCUCACUGAGGCACCUGCAGAUAAGCCUCUGACUGGAAUGAAGCUCCUGGCUGUGGGAAAGCUCAGUAAGAACAAAGAUGAUCUGAAGAAAUUUGUGGAAGAUCUGGGAGGAAAAAUCACAGGCACGGCCAGCAAAGCUGCUCUCUGCAUCAGCAGCAAGAAGGAGAUUGAGAAGAUGAGUAAGAAAAUGGAGGAGGUGAGAGACGCAGGUGUCCGCGUGGUGGCUGAUGAUUUCCUUACUGACAUCAAGGAGUCCGGCAAGGCCCUUCAGGAGCUCAUCUCUCUGCAUGCCAUUUCCCCCUGGGGCGCUGAAGUUAAAGUCGAGGCCCCGGCUGCAGCCGCGGCCACCAAAUCCACCGGAGCUCAUUCCUCAAAGAGCACCGGCAAAGUCAAAGAGGAGGAAGGUGGAAGCAAAUCAAAGAAAAUGAAGCUGACAGUGAAAGGAGGAGCUGCAGUAGAUCCAGAUUCAGGUCUGGAAAACUGUGCUCAUGUUCUGGAACAGAAUGGAAAGAUUUACAGCGCCACACUGGGUCUCGUGGACAUCGUCAGAGGGACAAACUCAUACUACAAACUACAGCUGCUGGAGGAUGACGUUCAAAAGCGGUACUGGGUGUUUAGAUCGUGGGGUCGAGUCGGGACCACCAUUGGAGGAAACAAAUUGGACAAGUUUUACGAUAAGAACUCUGCUAUGGACAAUUUCUGUGGUGUGUAUGAGGAAAAGACAGGGAAUGCUUGGGCCUCCAGCAACUUCACAAAGUACCCCAAUAAGUUUUACCCUCUGGAGAUUGACUACGGACAGGAUGAGGAGGCUGUGAAGAAGUUGACUCAAAGUGCAGGUGCCAAAUCUCAGCUGGAAAAACCUGUGCAAGACCUCAUCCGAAUGAUCUUCGAUGUGGAGAGCAUGAAGAAAGCCAUGGUGGAGUUUGAGAUUGACUUGCAGAAGAUGCCUUUGGGAAAACUAAGCAAGCGACAGAUCCAGAGUGCUUAUUCCCUUCUAAGCGAAGUUCAGCAGGCUGUGGCAGAUAGCUCCUCAGAAUCACUGAUCCUAGAUCUGUCUAAUCGCUUCUACACACUGAUACCGCACGACUUCGGCAUGAAGAAACCACCACUAUUGAGUAAUGUGGAUUACAUCCAGCAAAAGGUGCAGAUGCUGGACAACCUUUUGGACAUCGAGGUGGCCUACAGCCUGCUUCGGGGAGGAGUGGAGAACAACGAAAAAGAUCCCAUUGACAUCAACUAUGAGAAACUCAAAACCAAAAUUGAGGUCGUCGACAAGUCUUCACAUGAGGCUCAGCUUAUCCUUCAAUAUGUGAAGAACACACAUGCUGCUACUCACAACACCUACACACUGGAUGUUGAGGAGAUCUUUAAGAUUGAGAGGGAGGGCGAGUAUCAGCGUUAUCGCCCCUUCAAAGAGUUACCCAACCGCCAGCUGCUGUGGCACGGCUCGCGCACCACCAACUAUGCUGGUAUUCUGUCUCAGGGUCUCCGCAUCGCUCCUCCGGAGGCCCCAGUGACGGGUUACAUGUUUGGCAAAGGUGUUUACUUUGCUGAUAUGGUGUCGAAGAGUGCCAACUACUGCCACACGUCUCAGGCUGAUCCUGUGGGCCUCAUUCUGUUAGGAGAGGUUGCAUUAGGGAACAUGCAUGAACUGAAGAAAGCCUCACACAUUACAAAGCUACCAAAGGGUAAACACAGUGUAAAAGGUUUGGGAAGAAGUGCUCCAGACCCAAGAGCUACAGUAUCUCUCAAUGGAGUGGACAUUCCUCUGGGCAAAGGCAUGAACACAAAUAUUGAUGACACAAGUCUGCUCUACAACGAGUACAUCGUUUAUGAUGUUUCUCAGGUUAACCUGAAAUACCUGCUGAAGAUCCGCUUCAACUAUCAGACGUCUCUGUGGUGAGACGCCGGUUAGAUCUGGAGAGGUUUUUGGAUGCCACUGAAUCCCCCUGUUACAGCUUUAGCAUCAAGAACCAAACAGCACAUGGGUUUAGAAAUGAUUAAAUCCGUUCUCUUGCGCUUUGGCAGCACAUUCCCCAUUGCUCUAGUCUGUUAGUUUGGAGUACUUUAAGUGGUUCUACCCAAAUCACAAACUGCAUUGUUGCAAAUGUGGCCACCUUUCUACAAGCAACAUGAUUGGACUUCUCUGUGAAAUGUUUCUUUAUAAGCUACCAACAGUGGAUAGGUAGACUGUCUUCCAUAUGUUUCAUAGGCCUUUUCUUUCUUUUAAUAGUUUUGCUAAACCUGGAUUCAGGUUACUUGUAACACAUGUAGUGUUUACGGUUUUGUUCGGCCUCUCGAUUUAAAACAAAUAAGAAUGUACAGUUUUAGGAAAAAAAUGUUGUAAGCUAGGAUAUAGCCUGCUGCAAGCGAGUAAUCUUUUACUAGAAUUGCCAAUGUAUGAACAAGUAUUUUGUAUGUUAAACAUGUACCAACCUAGUUUUGCUUUUUUGAGUUUACUGUCCCUUAUUGAAACGUACUUGGGCCAUUUGAAAUGGCUAUCAAAAUCUAAGCUGCUGUACUCACGCACCUGUAAUAAGUUUUGUUGUUGUUUUUGGCAAACAUUUCUCCACAGUAUUUGUGGACAAAAUAAGUUUCCCAAAAAAUGUCUUUGCAUCAAAAAUAAAACGGUUUUUGGCUUAU